AUGGCAACAAACGGUAAUGUUAAUCACAGCGACCAGUACGCAGCGCCCAGCUCGACAACCGAGGCCCCCGCCACUGCUUCCACCACUUCCCAGACCCAGAACCAGACCCUGCCCAAGGAUGAGGUCGGCUGGUACUUCGUCGAGCAAUACUACACCACUCUGAGCAAGAACCCCGAGAAGCUUCAUCUCUUCUACGGCAAGAAGUCCCAGUUCGUCUACGGUCAGGAGGCCGAGGUCUCCUCCGUUUCCUAUGGCAGACAGGGCAUCCAGGAGCGCAUCAAGGGACUCGAUUUCCAGGACUGCAAGGUCCGCAUCUCGAAUGUCGAUUCGCAAGGCUCCGGCGACAACAUCGUUAUCCAGGUCAUCGGCGAAACCUCCAACAAGGGCGCCGAGCCCAAGAAGUUCGUCCAGACCUUCGUCCUUGCCCAGCAGCCCUCUGGCUACUUCGUUCUGAACGACAUGCUCCGCUACAUCAAGGAGGAGGGUGAAGAGGAGGUCGAGGAGCCCGCCCAGGAGGCUGCUGCUGCUCCUGAGGAGGAGACUCCCGCUCAGCCUGAGGCUCCUGUCGAGGCCGCCCCUGAACCUGUCGAGGAGGCCAAGCAGCCCGAGCCGGAGGCUGCCGAGCUUGAUGCCAGCGCUGUUGACCAGAAGCUUGAGGAGGCUGCUGAGGAGGAGACGCCCGCUGCUCCCGUCGAGGCCGUCCCUGAGCCUGUCGAGGAGGCCAAGCAGCCUGAGCCAGAGGCUGCCCCCGAGCAGACUGCCGAGCCGGAGAAGAUUGUUGAGGAGAUCACCGAGGAGGAAGUUAAGAAGCCUGAGGAGCCCAAGGCCCCUACACCCACUCCUGCCCCUGCUGCUGCUCCUCGCGCGGCUGCUCCCCCUGCUGCCGAGCCCGAGAAGCCCAAGGAGCCUCCCAAGCCCAAGACUUGGGCCAACCUGGUCGCUGUUGCCGCCGGCCCCAAGCCUGUCGUUCCUCUGACCAAGGCCGCUACUCCUGCGGUUCCUGCCCAGACCCGCGCCGCUGCCCCUGCGGCCGCUCAGCAGCCCGCCGCUGCUCCUCAGGCUGCCGAGACCGCUGCCGCCCCCAAGGAGCAGGCCAACGAGUGGCAAACCGCCGAGACCAAGCGCCAAAGUCGUCCCCAGUCCACCAUCGCCGGCGCCGAGAAGGAGACCGCUAUGGCCUAUAUCAAGUAUGUCACGGAAAAGGUCAAGGAAGAGGACCUCAAGGGUCUCUUGAGCAGCUUCGGCGAGCUCGUCUACUUUGACAUCAAUCGCACCAAGAACUGCGCUUUCGUUGAAUUCAAGACCCAAGCCGGUUACAAUGCCGCCGUUGCCGCCAACCCCCACACCGUCAACGGCGAGAACAUUGUUGUUGAGCAGCGUCGCCCCAAGUCUACCGCCUUCGGUGGUAGCAACUACGGUUCCGCUAACCGUGGCGGCGCUGCUGGACGUGGCCGUGGUGGCUUCGAGGGUGGUCGCUCUGGCAGCCAGAGCGGCGGCCGCGGUGGAUUCGGUGGCCAGUCUCGUGGCCGCGGCGGAGCCAACCGUGGCCGUGCCCCUACUGCUCAAACCCCUACCGCCUAG